AUGGAAGAAACCGGUAAGUUGUACCGCCUUGCGGAAGAAGAGAAUGGCAGCUUGCUGAGAGUGAGUGCCAAUUGCAAGUGCUCGAUAGGAAUCUACCCGUUCUUCGACGGUAAAUUGGAAGAUUUUGAGCCUGUCUUCGCCAAGUUGAUUGAAUCCAAACUCCGCCCACCCUACGACUUCGACGCCUACGCCGCCCCUUUCUUUCCCGUCGCCUCAGCCCUCGAUCAACGCGCCCAAGCCGCCGAGAAAUCGAACGAUCUCCCGCUCGCAUCAUCCCUCUACCUCCGGGCGGCCGCUUUAUACCGCAUCGCUCGUUUCCCCAUCCCACGCUCUCCAAAGCAGAAGGAAGCAUGGAGCCUCAACAAAGCCGCAUACGUGAAAGGCGCGGGGCUACUUCCUGGGAAAUUCAGCGACGUUCAAAUACCGCACACGCACCGGAUCGAAGGGGAGGGUGCCACCAUCCCGGUCUACGUGCGACUUCCAACGCAUGCUUCACCCACGAACCCUGUCCCAUGUAUCAUUCAGAUCUUUGGCUUGGACGGAUACAGGACCGAAAUGACGCAUGCAUCGAACAAGCACCUCGCUCGUGGAUGGGGAACUAUUGGUGUCGAGAUCCCAGGGACAGGCGAUUGUCCUGCUCUGCGUCACGAUCCUUCGUCUCCAGAUCGGCUGUGGUCCUCGUUACUUGACUGGAUGGAUGGGAGGGAGGAGCUUGACAAGAACAUGAGAGUUGCAUGGGGGCUGAGCACCGGAGGGUAUUAUGCGAUGAGAAUUGCGCAUACGCAUAAAGAGAGAUUGACGGGGGCGGUGAGUCACGGCGGUGGGUGUCAUAGGAUGUUUGAGCCUGAGUGGUUGGAUAAGGUGGAUCAUCUAGAGUAUCCGUUUGAGUAA